GAGGCGACUUCUUUCUUCCUUUCUUUCCCUCCCUUCCCUUCUCUCGCCCUCCGUCCGUCGCCGGGCUGCGCUGGGUGGCGCUGCCGGAGCUUCUGGGGCUGCGCCGAAGCCGCUCGCCGCCCGCCGGCGUGUGAGGAGGGAAGGACUCCGGAGGAGGAGGAGGACGCGGGGCGCGCGCAGCUCCCGGCUCGCCUCGAAGGCUUCUGCUGCUGCUGCUGCUGCUCCGGCAGCCCCGACCGGCCGCCGCGAUGGAGGAGAGACGCAAAGGAGACCCCCGGAGGAUGGAGGAUGAGGCGGUCUUGGACAGAGGGGCCUCUUUCCUGAAGCAUGUGUGCGACGACGAGGAGGUGGAAGGUCAUCAUACAGUCUACAUUGGGGUUCACGUGCCUAAGAGUUACCGAAGGCGGAGGCGCCACAGAAGAAAGCCCAAGGAGAAGAAAGAAAAGGAGAAAAUCUCUGAAAACUCGGACAAAUCUGAUGUUGAAAAUGCCGACGAGACAAGCAGCAGCAUCCUCAAGCCACUCAUCUCCCCCGCCGCCGAACGCAUCCGCUUCAUUUUGGGCGAAGACGAUGACAGCCCCGCGCCACCCCAGCUCUUCACGGAACUGGACGAACUCCUGGCUGUUGAUGGGCAGGAGAUGGAAUGGAAGGAGACCGCAAGGUGGAUAAAGUUUGAGGAGAAAGUGGAACAGGGUGGAGAGAGGUGGAGCAAACCACACGUUGCCACGUUGUCCCUUCACAGCUUGUUUGAGUUGAGGACGUGUAUAGAGAAAGGGUCAAUCAUGUUGGAUCUGGAGGCCUCGUCGCUCCCUCAGGUAGUAGAGAUGGUUGUUGACAACCAGAUCGAGACAGGCCUGUUGAAGCAAGAAAUGAAGGACAAGGUCACUUACACCCUGCUCAGGAAACAUCGCCACCAGACCAAAAAAUCCAACCUGCGCUCCUUGGCCGACAUCGGGAAGACUGUCUCCAGUGCAACCCGCAGCCCGCUUGAGAGUUCUGUACCCUGCCUAGCAACCCGCACGUUGGAUGAUGAAAUCCGGGUGCAGCGCAGCCCCAGCGUGGGAUGGCUAAGCAGCCCAGCCAUGACGCACAGAAACCUGACUUCCUCUAGUUUGAAUGACAUCUCUGACAAACCUGACAAAGAGCAGCUGAAGAACAAGUUCAUGAAGAAGUUGCCUCGAGACGCCGAGGCCUCCAAUGUCCUGGUGGGAGAAGUCGACUUCCUGGAAGCCCCUUUCAUUGCCUUCGUUCGGCUGCAGCAAGCAGUUAUGCUCGGUGCUCUUACAGAAGUCCCUGUACCUACCCGGUUCCUCUUCAUUUUGCUUGGUCCCAAAGGCAAAGCUAAAUCGUACCAUGAGAUUGGCCGAGCCAUCGCUACCUUGAUGUCUGAUGAGGUGUUCCACGACAUUGCCUACAAAGCCAAAGACAGACAGGACCUGAUUGCUGGGAUCGAUGAGUUCCUGGAUGAAGUCAUUGUGCUCCCACCUGGGGAAUGGGACCCUGCCAUCAGGAUAGAGCCCCCCAAGUCCCUCCCGUCUUCAGACAAAAGGAAAAACAUGUAUUCGGGUGGUGAGAAUCUGCAGAUGAACGGGGACACUCCACAUGACGGGGGAAAUGGAGGUGGAGGGCAUGGGGACUGCGAGGAGUUGCAACGAACUGGCAGAUUCUGCGGCGGUUUAAUCAAAGACAUCAAGAGGAAAGCCCCUUUCUUUGCCAGCGACUUCUAUGAUGCAUUCAACAUCCAAGCCCUGUCUGCCAUUCUCUUCAUCUAUCUGGCUACUGUAACCAACGCCAUCACUUUUGGGGGGCUGCUGGGAGAUGCUACGGACAACAUGCAGGGCGUGUUGGAAAGCUUUCUGGGCACCGCAGUGACAGGAGCUCUCUUUUGCCUUUUCGCUGGCCAACCACUCACUAUUCUGAGCAGCACUGGGCCUGUCUUGGUCUUCGAAAGGCUUCUGUUUAACUUCAGCAAAGACAAUGACCUGCAUUAUCUGGAGUUCCGCCUCUGGAUCGGUUUGUGGUCCGCCUUCCUGUGUCUUAUCCUGGUUGCCACUGAUGCCAGCUUCUUGGUCCAGUAUUUCACCCGGUUCACGGAAGAGGGCUUCUCCUCCCUCAUCAGCUUCAUCUUCAUCUAUGACGCUUUCAAGAAGAUGAUCAAAUUGGCAGACUACUACCCCAUCAACUCCAAAUUUAAAGUGAACCAGAUUACCCUGUACUCCUGCACCUGCAUGCCGCCAGACCCAGUUAAUUCUUCUGCAUUUAAUGUGACAGCCACAACCCCAUCUUAUUGGCCUGCAAGUAACUCUACUGAGAUGCACAAUGGCACGAUCGAUUGGUCAUCUCUGGGAAAGAAGGAGUGCUUGAAAUAUGGGGGAGUCCUCUUCGGCAACAAUUGCAAAUACGUUCCCGACAUCACACUCAUGUCCUGCAUGCUCUUCUUGGGCACCUAUACCUGCUCGAUGGCCCUGAAGAAGUUCAAGACCAGCCGUUAUUUCCCAACCACCGCAAGGAAGUUGAUCAGCGACUUCGCCAUCAUCCUUUCCAUCUUCAUUUUCUGUGGAAUUGAUGCUCUGGUAGGUGUGGACACACCGAAACUCCUUGUGCCAAGCGAAUUCAAGCCAACAAGCCCCCACAGAGGCUGGAUCAUCCCGCCAUUUGGCGAGAAUCCCUGGUGGGUGUAUCUGGCAGCAGCCAUCCCUGCAUUGCUGGUGACCAUCCUUAUCUUCAUGGACCAGCAGAUCACGGCUGUUAUUGUCAACCGGAAAGAACACAAACUCAAGAAAGGUGCUGGCUAUCACCUGGAUCUGUUCUUGGUCGCUGUGCUGAUGAUUAUAUGUUCCUUCAUGGGCCUUCCCUGGUACGUUGCUGCUACGGUGAUCUCCAUCGCGCACAUUGACAGCUUAAAGAUGGAGACGGAGACGUCUGCACCUGGGGAGCAACCCAAGUUCCUGGGAGUCAGGGAGCAGAGAGUGACAGGAGUGAUUGUGUUCAUUCUGACGGGCAUUUCAGUCUUCAUGGCUCCCAUUCUGAAGUUUAUUCCCAUGCCUGUGCUGUAUGGCGUGUUUCUAUAUAUGGGCGUCGCUUCCCUGAAUGGAGUUCAGUUCAUGGACCGCCUGAAGCUGCUCUUGAUGCCUCUGAAGCACCAGCCUGACUUCAUCUACCUGCGCCAUGUCCCCCUUCGCCGGGUCCACCUCUUCACUUUCCUCCAAGUGGUGUGUCUGGCUCUCCUUUGGAUCUUGAAGUCUACAGUGGCUGCUAUCAUAUUCCCAGUCAUGAUCCUGGCGCUGGUGGCAGUCAGAAAGGCGAUGGACUACCUCUUCUCCCAGCACGACCUCAGUUUCCUCGACGACGUCAUUCCAGAAAAGGACAAGAAGAAGAAAGAAGACGAGAAGAAAAAGAAGAAAAAGAAAGGCAGCCUGGACAGUGACAAUGAAGAUGAGAAAAAUCACCAACAUUCCUUGAACGCCAUACAUCAUGCUGAUAAAAUUCCUUUCCUGCACUCCCACACAAUGCCAAGCCCUCCACGAACUCCAAUGAAAGUUGUGCCUCAAAUUAGAAUAGAGCUUGAUCCUGAAGACAGUUAUUUCUGGAGGAGCAAGGGAACAGAAACUACGUUGUAAUGUGUUCGUUAAUCUUCAGCUGAAACCGGCUUUUUACCUUUUCCUCCUUCUCCUCCUUUACUACUAGCCAAAUAUCCAAAAUGCUCUCUGCCUAGGUGAAACCAAGGCAGAUUCUUCUCUUGAAAGCAUUUAAGUUUUUCCCCCUCCUUACCUCUGUUUAUUUUCCCCCACUCGCUCCUUGCUUUCAUUCUGACCAAGACACUUUUCUUUCUUGGUUUUGCCUUUUCAGUCACACACAAUACGUCGUACGCCCUCCUCUUGAGCUUUUCAGCAGAGGGGUGGAAGUAUUAAGGAUAUAAUAUCACAGCUUUGUGAAACGUCAGCAGAACUGACUGGGUUUUUUUUUUUAGUUGUGAAUCAGUGUUUUUCUUCUGUUUUGGCCCCCACCCACAUGUCUUUUCCCUCUUUAUCAGAACAAAACUGACCUCUGGUCUAAUUCAGAACCCUUUCUCAUUAGUCCUCUGCUCCGGUGAAAUGCUGCUAACCGUAACAUGUUCUUAACAUCACCCGUGCUUCAAUAGUCUCAAGCAAAGGAAUCAAAAACGGUACAUCCCUUUCCCUCAUCACUGUUGUGAGUGUGUGGACCCUACCCUAUGCAACUUCUAUUCAGUCCCAGUUUAAUGGAUUCUUAACCUGUCGGCUGCAUCGACAAGUGUUAUUUUCUUUUCUUUCUCCCCCCCCCUUCAUUGUUUUUGUUUUAAAUUAUGGGGGCCUAACCUGCGACUUAUAUAAUUUUUUGUCAAUUUUUUAACUGUUUUUUUAAAAAGAAUUACUGUAAAAAAAUGAAUUUUUUUUCCUGCAGCAGGAAACAUAAUAGUUUUCAGUAGUUCUACCUCUUAUUUCUAGAUGUCGGACUUUCUCUUUUAAAAAAAGGAAAAGAAGAUUAAUAAUAAUAAUAAUUGUAUAGUAUGUUAUAUAAUGUGAUUUUUACAAAAAGAAAAAGAAAAACAGAAAAAAACAGAAACAAAA